UUUCAUUACGUUCCCAACAAUUCUGAAGAUGAUUAGAGUCGGCUGUUUAUAUAUUUUCAUAUUAAUUUUCGCGCCUUCGUUAGAAGUUAAUUUGUGUAAGUCUUUUUUCGUUCAUUAAUCUAAGCACAGGGUGUUUUAUACUUGUAAAAGUGUCUCAUUCGACAUUGAAGUUGAGUACCUAGGCCUUUUUUACGAUGAAGGGAGAGAAACUGCUUUAAUCCAUGCCACAUCAUACACCCGUAAAUGCAUGAUUCGACAUGCUGCAUUCGCGGACAAAGUAAAACUGUUGCAUGGUGAUACGUAUUUUACAAAAGUUUUACAAGAAACUUUUUACGAGAUAGAAGAAAGAGGUUUUUGUAAUUUAAAGCUGGUCGACUUCAAUCAAACGCUGAAUGAAACCCUAUACAAGUGGCAUGUGGUCGGGCAUGUAGCCUACACGAACGGCUUUGUCGUAUCCAUUGACAGGAUUGCCCUAACCAAUGUGGGGAGUUCAACUUUCCAUUCCAAUGCCGGCGUUACCUCGGCAACAUUCAGCGCUACGCUCAACUUAUAUCACGUCAAAGUGGGAUAUGACGUCACCGCGGUACUAGACAACGAAGGCACCCACCGUUUCACCGGGACCUUUAACCAUAAUCAUAUUGAACAGAGGAUAGUCGUUUCAAAGGACUUGGCCACGGGAAAGUUUGUAGCUACACCAACAACAAACUCUGUGUCCGGAGGAAGUGGAGUCAUAAUGGUUUACAUGCCUGAGAACAGAGUCAGCGAAGUACUGUCGAGACACUUUCUGGCAACAAGCACACGACCAAAUCUCGCUAUAUGGAUAAACGAAAUAAUAAUACCGAUUAUGUUGGAAAAAGCAAAAUCAAUUGAUUUCCCUGAUUACUGCGUACAUUGUUGAUUUACGAAUAUGUUGUGUUGUGAUAUUAAAUUAUGAUCC